ACAUACCCGUGAUCAUCAGGCCGAAGCCCUACAGUGAGAUAAGCCUAUUGAAACUUCGAAUUCAUUCGAUUCUGUCUUGUAUUCAUCGCAUUGGCCCCAUGGCUCACAAUGAACCAAGUGAUGGACCAAGUUCUUUGGAAAAUCGCAGUACGCCGACCACAGGACGACCCUGGCCCUGGCCGCAAUUUCACCGUGAAGAUGACCCCAGUACAGGCAUCGACCAAAAAACAUACCACAAUUUAGUUUUAUACACCAGGUACGCAUCGGCUGCGUAUCAACCCAUGUGUCCUCGUCCGAUGGGCAAUACACUCGUUGGGCAGGUAUGUACCCUGUUUCCGCGUAUACAUGCGAUGAAUGUCCUUCCUUCUGUCUCAGUUUACAAGCGUUGUUACAACAACUCGCGGUUUCGUAGCGAGAGACGACAAACGCAAGGAGAUCGUUGUCGCUUUCAGAGGCAGUAAAGAUGUUAUUAGCAUUCUCAUUGGUGCAAAAAAAAUGGUUCCAGUCAUGUUGCACUGGCUUAUCUUGUGAUGCCGCAGAUGGGUCCGUGAUACUUACCCCACUUCAAGGUACUGGCUUGCCGCCUUCACAUGUGCAAUCCACGUCGUCAAAGCAUCCGAAGCGACCUCACGUCCACACGGGAUUCCUUAUUGCGUACCAAAGCAUCGCCCAAGUCCUGCUCGAUAUCGUAGGAUUGCAGAUCAAUAUGUACCCCAUGUACGCGGUGGUUAUGACUGGUCAUUCAUUGGGAGGGGCAGUCGCAAGUAUAGCGUCGAUCGCAAUCCGAAAUACAUACCCAGCGGCGACCGCGAGGUUGUACACCAUUGGUCA